AUGGACGGCGACGAGUUGAUCGCUUCGGUCCAUCAUAAGAUCGAGCGGGAGAAAGCUCUCAUCGCUGCCGCAAAUACUAUGCGACAAUCGACCGACAAUGCUCUCGUGCUACAACAGGUCGAUGCCAACAUCCGGGAUGGCCGCAGGAACAUUGCCUAUCUGGAAGAGAAGAUGCGCGAGCUCCAGGUGCGCCAAAUGGAACGGGAAGGUGGAGGUUCCCCUCAUGAUUCGCGUCGUCAACAAGCCGGAGGACCCCCACCUCCUCCGAAAGAUCAUACCGGAUAUCGCGGUGGUGAAGGCGAUGCGGCACAGUAUCCCCAAGAGGGCGCGGGGUCGAUGCCCUCAGGCGCCCCAUUUCACGAUCCCCGACCAUACGCCCCGAUCCCGAAGCCGCGCCCGAAUUACACGAAACUUGGUAUGCUCGAGGCCUUUGACAUGUCUGCGUGGGAGGAUCUGAUCAAAUAUGAUACUCCUUACCUCGGGCCGAAGAUUCAGCUCAUGCUGUCCCAGCUCGAGUUCAAGCUUACCGUGGAGAAGCAGUACAAGGCCGGUAUCGAGAAGAUGGUCCGUUUGUAUCAGGACGAAGGGGAUCGACGAAGCCGGUCGGAUGCCGAGAGUCGGCGAGUGGAGAGCAACCAGAAGAUCCAAUUGCUGAAGCAAGCACUCAAGCGCUACGAGGAUCUUCAUGUCGACAUUGAUUCAGCUGACACCCCUGAUGACGAGUCGCUCAGCAGUCCCAAUAUGCGGAAGCCCUUGACAGGUCUCUUGACCAUGAGAAUUCACGCGGUCAAGGACGUUGAUCAUGCCACCAGCUCACGCUUCUCGCGCGGCCCUGAGACUUUUGUCAUUGUCAAGGUGGAGGAUACCAUCAAGGCCCGGACCAAGGCCACCCGAAAUGACAAAUGGAUCGACGAAUCCUUCUCCAUCGAUAUCGACAAGGCCAAUGAGGUCGAGCUGACCGUCUAUGACAAGUCUGGGGAUCGCCCCACCCCAAUUGGCAUGCUCUGGGUGCGUGUCACCGAUAUUGCCGAGGAGAUGCGUCGCAAAAAGAUCGAGACCGAGUUGAAUGCUUCUGGAUGGGUCUCAGCAGACAAGAUGGGCGGUUCGGGCACGCCUCAACCCAACCAACCUCUGGGCUCACCCGGCUCUUCGCACGGCGGACCUAGCGGUGGUAGCUUUGGUGCUUCGGCCGCGCCAGGAGGGGCUCCCCAUGGUCAAAAUCCGAAUGCGCCUCCAACCGUGAUGAUCGAUUCCUGGUUUGCUCUCGAGCCAUUCGGCCGCAUUCAUCUUCAAAUGAGCUUUGCCAAGCAACUCAAAGACCGUCGCCCCUUCGAUAUCGGCCUCAAUCGACAAGGUGCCGUGCGUCAGAAAAAGGAAGAAGUCCACGAGAAGCAAGGUCACAAAUUCGUCACUCAACAGUUCUACAACAUCAUGCGCUGUGCGUUGUGUGGGGACUUCCUCAAGUACGCCGCCGGCAUGCAAUGCGCGGACUGCAAGUACACCUGCCACAAAAAGUGUUACGGGAAAGUGGUCACGAAAUGUAUCAGCAAAGCGAACUACGAGACCGAUCCCGACGAGGAGAGAAUCAAUCACCGGAUCCCCCAUCGAUUCGAAGGAUUCUCAAACCUCUCGGCGAACUGGUGUUGUCACUGUGGUUAUCUUUUGCCCUUCGGACGCAAGAAUGCCAAACGUUGCAGCGAAUGUGAUCUCACUUGCCACGCGCACUGCACACAUCUUGUGCCAGAUUUCUGCGGCAUGUCGAUAGAAGUUGCCAAUCAGAUUCUCGAAGCGCAACUCCAUGCCAAGCAACAUAAUAAAUCCACAUCUGUUAGUUCUGGUCUCAGCGGUCGUUCCCUCCGCCCAGGUGGCCCACCGCAGCCCCCUCAAGACAGUCCCCAGAAAUCAUCCGACCGCCCCUACGGCGCACUCAACAGACUGCCAUCAGCGGAAGCGGUAAGCGCUGCGACUAACUCCUACUUGACCUCACAGUCACCUGCAGCGAUUGCCCAGGCUGCUCGUCAGCCAAUGCCUCCGCAGUCGCCUUCUGCGACUUCUGAUGCCAAGGCUGCCGCGGAUGCUGCCGCCAGGAUGCGUACUCAACCGCAGCCCCCAGGUACGUCCGACAUUCCCUAA